AUGUUUCCACCAAAUCGCAUCAAAGAAGCAUCUGAUAAUGACAUACUCAUGGCCACUAUCAUAGCAACAGUAACGUUUGCGGCAGCUUUCCAAAUGCCUGGUGGGUAUGAAAGCGAAGAUCCUUAUAAAGGCUUGCCAGUUUACAGGAACAAAAAGCUUUUCAAUUCAUUCAUAAUCUGUGAUUCCUUGGCUUUUGGUUUGUCAUCUGCGUCCAUUUUUAUCCACUUCAUGGCUUCAAUGGGGAAAGAUACUCCUGGUGCAACCCACAUUCUGCAAUAUGUCAUUGUUUCCACUUACUAUUCCAUUUUAGCAAUAGUGGGGGCUUUCAUUUCAGCUUUAUGUCUUGUUUCCACCAACUCUAAGGGAUUCAAAGUUGCCGCUUACGUUUGUGGUGCUAGCUUCUUUGCUGGCUUUCCCUUUGGCAUCUUUGAAAAGUGUCUUAAUAUAGCUAUCCACAAAUUAAAAUACAUGGAGAGAAAUGCUUAUGAGCAACAAUAA